AUUUUGUAAAAUAUAUACAUUUAUCUUCAACAUUGAUUUUAAUUUGUUCAAUUCAUCAACUAUAAAAAGUGAUAAGAGUAAAAGUAAUAAAUAAACUUAUGAAAAAAUAGAGUUCAUAGGUUAUGUUUUGACAUUCAGUUUAAUGAGUUAAUAAAUUUAUUAACUUGCUGUGAUAAAAAGUAUUAUUAAGGAUUUUUAACAAUGGCUGUUGUUAUUGAAACAACUAUCGGUGACUUUACUGUCGAUUUAUAUUUCAAGGAGAGACCGCAAACAUGUCGGAAUUUCUUGAAACUAUGCAAAAUGAAAUACUACAACUGGAAUUUAUUUUUCUCCGUUCAGAGCAAUUUCAUAGCUCAAACGGGGGACCCAUCAGCUACAGGAAAGGGUGGAGAAAGCGUAUAUGGGAUUGUUUUAGGUGAACAAGCACGUUACUACGAAGCUGAGAAGAUUCCAAAAAUCAAGCAUGAUAAAGCUGGUUUAAUUUCUAUGGUAAACUGUGGAGAUGAUAUGUUAGGUUCACAGUUUUUUAUAACCCUUGGAACUGAUCUGCUGUCACUGGAUGGAAAGCAUUGUGUUUUUGGAGAAAUCACAGAAGGUCUUGAAAUAAUAUUAAAGUUAAAUGAAACUUUCUGUGAUGACGGUCAUAGACCAUUCCAAGAUAUUCGUAUAUCACACACAGUUGUUCUUGAUGAUCCUUUUGAUGACAUAAAAGGGCUUGAAAUUCCGGACAAAAGUCCAUCACCUACAAGAGAAUGUUUAGAGAGUGAUCGUAUUGGUGCAGAUGAAGAUAUUGAUGAUACAGCAGGAAUGACAGCAGAAGAGAUUGAAGAAAUACAGAAGGAGAAAGAAGCCAAGGCUAGAGCAACAAUAUUAGAAAUAGUUGGGGAUCUUCCAGAUGCUGAAAUGGCACCACCUGAAAAUGUUCUCUUUGUGUGCAAAUUGAAUCCAGUUACUAAUGACGAUGACUUGGAGAUUAUUUUUAGUCGAUUUGGCAAAAUAAUUGGUUGUGAAGUAAUAAGAGAUCAGCAGACUGGCGAUUCUCUACAAUAUGCAUUCAUCGAAUUUGCCGAUAAGAAAAGCUGCGAGGAAGCGUAUUUUAAAAUGGACAACGUGUUGAUCGACGAUCGUCGAAUACACGUGGACUUUUCACAGUCAGUAGCGAAAAUGCGAUGGCGAGGAAAGGGCCGGGGAAUUCAGCACUAUGACGAAGAUGGUAAUCCAGUAAGAAAAGGAAAGCCACAGCAAGAAAACAGACGAGUAAGAAAUAAAAGACGUCGCAGUAGGUCGAACAGUCCCAGGAACCAACGAAAUAGAACCGAUAAAAAAGACAGGCGGGCACAGGAUGUCAAUAGGAAUGGUGAGGGCAUACGGCAAGACGAUCAAAAAUUAAAUCGUAAAAGGGAAAGAAGUAGAAGUACGGAGAGAAGGUUAAAUAGAAAGGAAAGAAGUCGCAGUAGCAGUGUCGACAAUAGUCGUGGUAAACGAGACAGGAGUCGAGAUAGAAGGGACAGAAGUCGGAGUAGAGAAAAAACAAGAGACAGGAGAGAUAGAAAAACCCGUAGCGAAUUGAAAGAGAAACACCGAAGGCGCGAUUCAUCAAAUGAAGAUAGAAAAAAACGGCACAAGUCAAGAGAACGUUCUGAGGAGAAAUACAGCAGACGCAAGCACAAGCACAAGAGUCGAUAAUUGUUGUACAUACGUGCGUGACUGUCAAGAAUGAAUGAAUGCCCUUUUUUAUAACUAUGUAUAAAAUCAGAGAAGUUUCGUUUCAAAUACAGUAU